AUGCCUGCGCCCGCAACCCCACGGCCCCGCCUGCCGCACGCCGCCCCGCCGCUCCUGCUCCUCCUCACGGCUCUCGCCACCGCCCUCCCCUGCCACCACCCGCGCACCCACGACGCCACCUUCCUCUGGCGCAGCCUCCAGUUCCUCCGGGCCAUGGCUCCCAGCUCCACACAGACCUGCCACCACCAGCCCGCGCCCUUCCCCUUCCCCGACGCCCUCCUCCACACCAGCCACCCACAGCAAGCCGCCGCCACCGUCCAGCGCAUCCUCGACCACCUCUUCGCCAUCCUCAGCAGCACCAGCGCCCUCCAACACUGGGACACCCAGGCACACCGUGACCUCCUCAACACCAUUCACCGCUACCUACAAGACCUCGAGCGAUGCGUGCCAGCCAACGGGACGCUCCUCCAGGGACAAGGGGCCCGCCGCCUCCGGCUCGGCAUCGACGAAUACUUCAGCCGCUUCCCCAACCUCCUCCCCACCGCCCGCAAGGACGACGACCAAACACGACCCGGCCCCUCCUACAGGAGCUGGGGCAGCUCCAUCCAGGAACACGGCCCAUGCUCACGUGCCUACACCCAGAGCCGCCUCUUCGCAAGCCGCCACCGCCGCCGCCCCCAGGCCCUCGCUCCACCAGGGGGCUCCCCAGGCUCCGCCAAGUGA